CGCUGACAGCCCCAGAUGGCCCCAAGACGCCUCCCGAAGCACUUCCGUAGCCAUUUUGGCUCAAGAUGCCCUUUGGAGUAGAGCAGCGGCCAGCCCGCCCCCCUGGGCGACCCCCUGGGGCCGCCGGGCGGUCGGGCCAUGGCGGGCGACCCCCCGCCGCGCCGGCGCCAGCCCUCGCUACAGGAGGACGGCGAGGACCUCGAGGACAACGCCGAGGCCCAGGCGUGGCUGGAGAGCCGCCUGGACGGCCUGAGAGAGGACGACUUCGGGGGAGGCCUGCGGAUCUUCUGCACCACCCACCUGCGGCCCCCGGAGGCCUUCCGCGACGUGUGGCACGUGGUAUCCGCGGAUACGGACGUGCACGCUGACACGCUGUCGCUCACCGCCGAAGAUGCGGCCCAGCUGAACUGCAUCCUGGUGUUCUGCAACCAGAACAAGAGCCACGAGGUCAGCAGGCUCGGCCAAAUCAUCGCCAGCAUUGACGUGAGCGGCUUUGACGCCCCGCCGAUGUUCUGGGUGCCCCACUCCGCCGCUCCCGAGAAGCGUCGGCACGAAAACUCCAACAUGGUACAGCCGGACGUGGCGGCGCAUCUUCUGCAGCAGGGCCUGGACGGCGUCGUGGGUGUAGGGGAGCCACGGGGGCUACGGUUGUCAAUGGCCGUGCUCUCGAACAUGCGCAAGUCGCAGCGUCUCUCGAGGAACUUGGUAGACAUGCUCGAGGAGUCGAGGGAGCGGAGCCAGUACGCGCAGCACCUCCGGCGGUGUGCCCACGAGGCCCUAUGGAAUUACACGAGGGCGCGCCUAGCGCCGGGGAUCCCGCCCGUGGACAACACGCUCGAAGCUGGCGACAUGGACUCGCUCGAGCUUCCCGGUUUCACCAUCGGAAAUAAGCUCGGGGAGGGGGUGUUCGGGUCUGUCUACAGGCUGACAGAGAACCCAGGGACCGGCACCCAGGUCCUCAAGAUGGUGCAAACCGAAGGCGUCACGGAUCUCAAGGACCUCAUGUACAUCCACAGCAUGACCGAGGCGAUGAGGAAGAUGAGCGAAGGUGAGCUGCGGCACCCAAACAUAAUCCAAUUCUUCCAGGUCUACAACACGCCGACGCACAUCCUUUUCCGGCUGGAGUACGGGGGCCCAGAGAAUCUGUACAGGCGCCUGUACGGGCGCCAGGUUCAGCAGCCGGAGAGGCACCGGCCGCUUCCCAGCGACAAGGCGGCGAAGAUCAUCUCCCAGGCUGUUGAGGCGGUGUGUCACCUGCACACGAGGGUGCGGAUCUGCCUCCUCGACAUAAAGCCGGAGAACAUCAUUCUGAACGAGACCCCCGACGACGUCACCGUCAAGUUGGCUGAUUUCGACCUCUGUGCCUUCAUCGAGGACGACGACACUGUGUUCCACAGGGCCUGCGGCACCCUGCCGUUCUCGGCCCCAGAGGUGAUGAUGGAGAUCCCUUACGAUGGCCGCAAGGCGGACAUCUGGAGCCUGGGCGUGGUUGUCGCGGAGGUGCUCUGCGGGAUACGAGUGGUGGAGGCCCAGAUCCAGGCGUCGGGGCUGCAGGAGCGGCCAGGCGGCGCUGAAGCGAUGCUUCCCGAGCGCAUCAAAGCCUUUUUCCAGGCGCCCGGCGCGGCGGCCACCCUGCUGGAGCAGCACGGCCGCCCGGAGCUGCAGUCCCUGGUGGCCUGCUGCAGCACGACGAUCGCCGGGAUGCUGCAGGUCGACCCUGCCCAGAGGUGGACGGCCGAAGAGGUCCGCUCCCAGGUGGAGCAAUCUCUCAGGCCCUUCCUCGCGAGGCCCCUUGCGCCUGCAGGCCCGGCACCCAGCCACCGCCGCCCAUCGGCGUGCGCCGGGCGGUCACAGACGGCCUCGCAGCCGAUGUCGCGACAGCUGAGUGAGCCAGUGCGCCCUUCAAAGGCGGCCGCCAGACUGGAUGACUAAGCAAUUCCACGAAUCAAUUUUAAUUUUUCCAAAAGAACGAGGACGCGGCACCUGGUGGCCGUAAUUGGCUUCAGGCGCGAGCUCGCGAAGACCCAAUGUGUCUCCUCGUUCAGGACAAGCCAGCAGAUUGCGCCCUUGUCGCAGCCGCAAGGAACUCGGGGCGGGGGCGUUUGGCGCGGGCCGUGGUGCUAAUAAUUGCACCUGGUUAGAUCGAUGACUGGGCCCGAAAAGAAUUCCCAAAUUAGGUCGCAGCACGUACGACCUGCUUGCGUAGUGCCUGGCAGUGAACCACCCUCCCUUAUCCUUUUUCCCUCCUGUUUCACCGCCCCUUCCUUCUUCCCUCCUCCCUUCCCCUCCCCUCAAGCACUGCGUCACAAACUUUGAAUACCUCAGCAUCCAUCGUGCGUUUAAGUCCAGCGUGCCGCGUUUGAACGAACGCGAGCGUUGCUCGUCACGGCAACGCCUGUUUCAAUUAUCGUGUUUUUACUAGUGAGGCGUGACGUUUUGCGUACGAUCGGAUUUUUGUUGCAUGGCCUCUCUUGGGGUUCCGGGCCCGGGGAUCAUCACCAAACAAUUCGGGAUGAACAGUUGGCCCAGGGGGAGGGAUCGAAAGCCUCAGUGGCCAUCAGCCAGAAGACUUGAGUUGCCGCAUCCCUUGUUGCAGCGACCACUGUCGUUUUGUACAGGCCCUUUGACCUGAUCGCCUGGGCUUGCUGCGCGGACCGCAUCCUUGAUGCUCGUGGCAGGCGCGGCUGUGUGCAGCGAGAGGGAGGAGUUCGACGAGCCGUCGGCGAAUGCAUUGGCGGGAAAA